AUGAAAUGUAGCGUUCAGUUUGGUCAGACGGUUGGGCUCGAUAAGUUGUAAGACCAAAUAGUGUCACGGAAGUAGGAUCAUAAAAACAUAUUUAAAAAUAAAAUUAUGCAGGUAAGAAUGCCUCCGAAUUUCCUGGCCAUACUAUUUCUCUCCUUUCUGACCGUGUCUUUGACCACGGGACAAUUUUACAAUGCUCGCUGCACCCACAACGGACACUGCAACGCCUCCCAGUUUCUCUCCUGCUACGCCGGUUACUGCCAGUGCGACUCGAGAUCACAAGUCUACGACCACGCCCUCACGCAGUGCGUCAUCCGACCAGGGGGCAAGUGCUUCUUCGAACGAGGGAACCACCAGGGUCUAAAAUGCUCCAAGAAUUCCGUCUGCAUCUCCGGAAUUUGUCAGUGUGAACCUGGACACUGGAUUCCAAAAGGUGGAGAAGUCCUAUGUAAACCAAAUUUUGAAAAUCAGUGCAAAAAUUGUGACGCAGCGAAAGGGUUGGUCUGCAUCAAGGGGACGUGCCAAUGUAGAAACCCUUCGUUAUCUUAUCAAGGCAUGUUUGGCUGCGUGGAAGCUAAAAAUCCGGACUUUAUCAAGAUGAUGGCCACCCUGAAAGAGACGGAAAAACUGUUGAAGGAAAAUAGAGUCGAUAUCAACACCCUAGUUGACGAGUUGGCGUUAGGAGAAAAGUCGUCUUCUUCUUCCGAUCUGGUUGAACAUAGGGCCCAACCCAGACAAUUGUUCAACUUGGAGGCAAAUCCGUUCGGAACGAUUGACUCCGUGUCGGACCUUACCACCUCCCCGCAAACGCAAGGGGGAGGAAUUUUCGGCGCGAUUAAUUCACUGGGAUCGUUAUUUGGGCAGAUGCGACAGAAUAAUCAACAACAAGCGUACGGUGUCCCGGCCACGACUACCGGUGGGGGAAAUAAUCAAGGGGGCUAUGGCGGUGGGGGUACGAGUGGAGGUUAUUCUGGACCGGCUCAAACUCAAAAUUUCAGAAAUAACUUUCCUCUGUUAACAAAUUUUCUGAAUCUGUUUAACCAAAUCAUCCCAUUUUUGAGGAGAUUGAGCAUGCUCCUCAAUCCUUUGAGGUUUAUUCAGAGAUUACUUACCAGCUUUAGAACAUUGUUUCCCACGGGAGGAGCUGGAUUGGGGGGAUUGGGAUUGGGGGGUUUGGGGUUGGGACUUCGAGGUAAUAAUAAUAAUCAGGGUGGAUAUUCUGGUGGGGGUGGCAGUGGUGGUGGUGGAUCGACGCCGUCUUCCGGUUAUGGUCCUCCCGGAAGUGGAAAUACUGGUACGGGUAGGCCAUCCGCGGCAUACGGACCCCCAGCAGCCUCAGCGAUCAACAGUUUCAACCAAAUUACGCCGAUUCAACCGCAACAAGGAGGACAACAACCAUCAGGUCAACAAUCACCACCGUCAGCGCUUUCCAGUCCUAAUUUUGAGUCCCAAGCGUCCACUUAUCUUCCACUAAAUAACAAUAAGAGACAAGUUCCCGGAUUUCCAAACAACAAUAACAACAUACAAAGUUUCUUUAAUCAAAACAACAACAAUAACCAAAAUUUUGACAACAAUCAAAACAAUUUUAAUCAGAACAAUAAUGACAAUGUCGUCAAUGACCCUCCAAUCAUCGCUCUACCAUCGACACAAUCUCAGCAGAAUGUGAAAUACCCGAGACAAGAAAGAGCAAAUAAUUUUGGAGAUGAUUCUUCUCCAUAUCUUCCAGAACAUUUGUAAUUAUGACAAAAAAAUUACCGAUUAAUUUAUUUGUGAGGUAAUUUCAUCGGAGGACAUUUUCUUUAAUUAGUUAAAUAUAUUUUUGUAUGAAAACUUUUGUAGAAAUUUUGUAGAGAUAAAUUAAACGAAAGUAUUAUUUAUUUGUUACCAUUUA